CCGCUGGCGCGGGCUGGAAGCCAGCCCUCACGCCCUGGCCCGCUCGGGGACGGGACGGGACGGGACGGGGACCCGGGACGGGGAAGCUUCCCCAGCGCCCGGCCUUUCCCGCGGCACACGGCCCGGAUCGCUCCCCUAGGCUCAGCCACCGCUCGCUUCCCUCCCGAGGGGGCCGCUCCUUCCCCGCGCCCGGUGCCCACAGUCCCCUGCGCUCCCUGCCCUGCGGACUCCUCUCCCUCCAGCCCGUGGUGGCGGUCGCCGGCACCCCAGCUCACUCAUCCCGAGGGAGCCGGGGCCGGCCAUCUGGGAGACGUGGGCCUCGGUCACCGGGAACACAACUGCGGAGUCGGGCAACGCGGGUUUAGGGUGUCAAGCCCCCGCGCCAGGCCCUGAACACAGAGUAGGGAGGGAAGCAGGUAGGCUCUUGCCCAUUCUAGUGGAUAAAGCCAGACACGCCAGGCCUCGCCUGUCACAAGUUACCCCCUAUGUGAGCAGAGGCGUUUGUCCUAGCGGAUGUUCCACUCUUAGGGCGUCCCUGAGCUCACCCCGCCCUGAGCCCCGAAUGCAGCGGGGCACCCUACGGAAAGGGAGAGGGUGGAGGAGCCGGAGCAAGAUGAACCACUCCGCAAGAAGCUCCAAGCCCAGGCGAGAACACCGCAUGAAAACCCGUAAUUACACUGGAAGCCACACCUGGGAAAAUAGACCCUGCUGACCAGCAGGACCUCUCCAAAGAGGUCCCAAACUCAACACUGAGCUUUAUGAGAAAGUAGAAGGCAAACACCAGCAAGAAGCAAGAGCGCUCUCCUCUGCUGUGAACAGAGUCCAGCUUGACCCUUGGGUGUUCUGGAGCCCCUCCAUGUGUGUGCUCAUAGGUCAAAGAGAGAAGAUGGGGGAAACUUCUGGUUUUUAGAGUCUACAAGUGUCAUGCUCCCUCUGUUCAGACUCACCUUCCAGAGUUUCCAAUAUGGCUUCUGCACCAGCUUCUAAAUAUAAUUCACACUCCUUGGAGAAUGAGUCUAUUAAGAGGACUUCUAGGGAUGGAGUUAAUCGGGACCUCAGUGAGGCUGUUCCUCGACUUCCAGGAGAAACUCGCAUCACUGACAAAGAAGUUAUUUACAUAUGUCCUUUCAAUGGCCCCAUUAAGGGAAGAGUUUACAUCACAAAUUAUCGUCUUUAUUUAAGAAGUUUGGAAACGGAUUCUGCUCUAAUACUUGAUGUUCCUCUGGGUGUGAUCUCCAGAAUUGAAAAAAUGGGAGGCGCGACAAGUAGAGGCGAAAAUUCCUAUGGUCUAGAUAUUACUUGUAAAGACAUGAGAAACCUGAGGUUCGCGCUGAAACAGGAAGGCCACAGCAGAAGGGAUAUGUUUGAGAUCCUCACAAGAUACGCCUUCCCCUUGGCCCACAGUCUGCCCAUAUUUGCAUUUCUAAAUGAAGAAAAGUUUAACGUGGAUGGGUGGAUGGUUUAUAACCCAGUCGAAGAAUACAGAAGGCAGGGCUUGCCCAAUCACCACUGGAGAAUAAGUUUUAUCAAUAAGUGCUAUGAACUCUGUGACACUUACCCUGCUCUCUUGGUGGUUCCAUAUCGUGCCUCAGAUGACGAUCUCAGGAGAGUUGCAACUUUUAGAUCCAGAAAUCGGAUUCCAGUGCUGUCAUGGAUUCAUCCAGAAAACAAGACCGUCAUCGUGCGUUGCAGUCAGCCCCUCGUUGGUAUGAGUGGUAAACGGAAUAAAGACGAUGAGAAGUAUCUCGAUGUUAUCAGGGAGACUAACAGACAAAUUUCUAAACUCACAAUCUAUGAUGCAAGACCCAACGUAAAUGCAGUGGCCAACAAGGCAACAGGAGGAGGAUAUGAAAGUGAUGACGCAUACCAUAACACCGAACUUUUCUUCUUAGACAUCCAUAACAUUCAUGUCAUGCGGGAAUCUUUAAAAAAAGUCAAAGACAUUGUCUAUCCUAAUGUGGAAGAAUCUCACUGGCUGUCCAGUUUGGAGUCUACUCACUGGUUAGAACACAUCAAGCUUGUCCUGACGGGAGCCAUUCAGGUAGCAGACAAAGUUUCCUCGGGGAAGAGCUCGGUGCUGGUGCACUGCAGCGACGGCUGGGACCGGACCGCGCAGCUGACGUCCCUGGCCAUGCUGAUGCUGGACAGCUUCUAUCGGAGCAUCGAGGGCUUUGAAAUACUGGUACAGAAAGAAUGGAUAAGUUUCGGACAUAAAUUUGCAUCUAGAAUAGGCCAUGGUGAUAAAAACCACGCCGACGCUGACCGGUCUCCUAUUUUCCUCCAGUUUAUUGACUGUGUAUGGCAGAUGUCAAAACAGUUCCCUACAGCUUUUGAGUUCAAUGAACGAUUUUUGAUUACAAUUCUGGAUCAUCUGUAUAGUUGCCGGUUUGGGACUUUCUUAUACAACUGUGAAUCUGCGAGAGAGAAACAGAAAGUUACAGAACGAACGGUAUCUUUGUGGUCGCUGAUCAACAGUAAUAAGGACACGUACAAAAAUCCUUUCUAUACUAAAGAGAUCAAUCGAGUUUUAUAUCCAGUUGCCAGUAUGCGCCACUUGGAGCUUUGGGUGAAUUACUACAUUAGAUGGAACCCCAGAAUCAAGCAACAACAGCCUAACCCUGUGGAGCAGCGCUACGUGGAGCUCUUGGCCUUGCGUGAUGAAUAUAUACAGCGGCUCGAAGAGCUGCAGCUCGCCAGCUCCGCCAAGCUCUCCGACCCCUCGACCUCGCCGUCCGGUCCUGCCCAGAUGAUGCCCCACGUGCACACUCACUUCUAGGAGGGAGCCCCAGGGCUGCGCCAGAGCUCCGAGUAAAGGAGAGACUUGACUUUCACUUGGGGGCCUCUGUACAAAGUAGAUUAAAACAUUUGCCUCCGUGUAGAACUUGAACUAACAUAAUCUUAAACUCUUGAAUAUGUGCCUUCUAGAAUACAUAUUACAAGAAAACUAGUGUCUACAGGGCAAUCAGAAGAAAGGAACCAAGAUGGUUAGCCAAGUGGAAAAUCCGGACACCUUUCAAGGACAGUUUUUGAAAGAGAAAAUUGAAAUUGAGUUGACCUCUUUCGAAAUACUGUGUCUACAAUAUGUAUUUUGUGAGCCUAAUUGGAACGGCAUUAUUUUAAACUGAAGUGAAAAAAAAUAGGUUUGUGAACCGGAUUUUCCUUGGGCUGCUUCUCAUAGUUGCUUUGGUGUAAAACGAGCCCAAAUGUGAGAGAUGUUGUUGCCAAAACCAAAUCGAGCUCAUCCUCUGAGGCGUCAUCCAAAAGCAAGGUGUUGAAAUAAUUGCCAAACUUUAUACCAUCGUGAGUGGUGGCUUAAAGAGAAAUAGCUGCGUAGAUGAGUUUUUCGUUCUUUUGGAAUUUUGGAAUCUGAUGUGUUUUCCCGUAAUUUUCAAGAGGAGCAUAUUUUUAUAUUACACUGAUGGGGCCCAGUCGAAUAUGAUUUGAUUUUUUUUUCAACUUUUUGCCAGUUCUGUUUUCUAAGUUCUUCUAUCAGCUUGCCUGAAAUUCUGACCCAUUUUCAGGUUGUAGAAAAGCCCUUAGCACUGUUGGAAGAUGUCAGGGGCACUGUGCUGCUUAGGUGAAUGUUUUUGCAAACAUCGCUCUAGUCCGACCAGCUUAUCCGCCAAAGCGUAGGGCUGGCCAUCUAGGAUGCAUGAGCUGUCGCUAGAGCUUCUUCCUUUGAAAUUAAAGCUGCAGAUGUACAUUUGUCGAGCGUGCGUGGUGUUGGAUGCCCCUCCCCCCAAGUGUGCAUUAAACUGGUUCUACACAUUUUUACUUGAAAUGUACCCGGCAGUUUGUGUUUUCAGGUUUUUGGGGAGUUUCGUUUUGUUUUUGUUUUUGUUUUUUGUUUUUGUUUUGUAGUCGUAGUGCUAGUGGUAAAUGAAGUUUCAAAUACAGUUCUAUUUGAUAUCUGAACUAAUUCAUUUAGUUACGUAUAUUUGUAAAAGUUAAGGCUAGAGUUAAAACAAUUAAUGUUUUCAAGUGAUUUGUAAAGGACUAUUUAUAGCUAAUAUGGUUUUGUUUUCAAUGAAUUAAGAGAGAUUAAAUAUAUCUUUGUAAAUUAUUUUAUGUCACAGCUUAAUUGGUCUACCAAAUAAGACAUCUCAAAUACAGUAGUAUCAUGUAUAAAAUUUUGUAUGUAUAAGAAAUUUUAUUAGACAUUCUCUUGCUUUUUGUAAACGCUGUAAAUAGUUCAUAAAUUAACAAAGUGUCACUCCAUAAAAAGAAAAAGGAAUACUAAUAGCUUAAAGGAUUUUGUGAAAUGUCAUGAAAAUCAUCAUGACAAUAAUGACUAAAGACCUGCUGUAAUAAAUGUAUUAACUAAAAUAGCA